GUCUGACACUCACCUGUGGCUCAGAGCGGCUUCAAUGAAACAAAGACAGCAACAAAACCAAGAAGUCAAACCAACAAGAUGGCUUUAGCCAGCGGUCACUGGCUGGAGAAAGAGGUGAGGGGAGAAGCCCCAAGUCCCAGACAUGGCCAUGCUUUAGCUGUGGCAGGAAACGUCGCCUUUCUGUCCGGAGGAGCCUCCAGCAUCGACCAAGAGGAGGACGUCACUGUUUACUUCAGCGACUUCUACAUGCUAACAGUUUCUCCUGAUGAUGUGUCGUGGGAGGAGAUUCCUCAGAGCGGAGAAGUUCCCUCAGCCAGAUCAGGACACACUCUUUGUGUUGUGAAAGGAAAGCUGUACCUGUUUGGAGGAGCGUCCAGCCCCGACGCCACCGAGUGUCUCCCGGGAGUCUUCAGCUUUGAUAUAGUGUCUCUGACUUGGGAUUGCUUAUCAGUCGGGGGCGUGGCCCUCAGAACCCUCAGACACAGCGCUGCUGCCGUGGGAGACAACAUCUACGUGUACGGAGGCAUUCUGGGAGGGAAUCCAACCGACGACCUCAUGGUCUUCAACACAGCGUCUCUCACCUGGACGCCGGUAAAAACUAGCGGAUCGCUGCCUCCUGCCCUGUGGGGUCAGAGUUUUGCUCUGGUGGGAGAUCAGGUGUUCAUGUCCGGAGGUUAUGAAGCAGGUGGAGACUUCUGUAAAGACCUCCAUGUUCUCAACACAGAGAACUUACAGUGGCUGAAGUGGGAGGUGAAGGGAGAAUCACCGGCAGCCUGCAGCGGACAAACACUGACUGCACACCAUGAUAAAGACAUCUACCUGUUUGGCGGCAAAAGCACAAAUGAGGACGGCACGGUGACGCCUUCCAAUGAAAUCCAUAAACUCAGUAUCUCUAAGAUGAAGUGGAAGGUCCCUCUGUACAUUGGAAUUCCUCCGGCCCGACGCCACGGACACAGCGCCUUCAUCCUCCACAGCCGCCUGUAUGUGUUUGGAGGGAAGAAUGAGGAGCAGGAGUUUAAUGACCUGAAAGUGAUGAAACUCAUCAACCCGUCAGAGAGACAACCAGUGAUGAAGGAGAUUCUGUCAGAGUUCGGUCUGCAGGGAGUCAGCCACAGCUUCACCCCCACAAAGGUUCCCAACGUUCGCUACGAGCUGAGCGAGUCUGCUCCGUUCAACCAGUCCAGGAACACAGCGGCUAAUGCACAGGCGUUUGUCCACAGAGAAUUCAGUGCAGUUCGAGAUCAGGCCAUGAAAAUGAUCCAGACAGCCUUCACUCUCCUGGACCAGGAGUUCCAGAAACUGGAUCGAGAGAGGUCAGAGUUGUCUCAAGCUGCUGCUACUCUGCAAAGAGAGAAAGAAGCUCAUGAAGGUGGCAGACAACAACAGCAACAGGAGCUGCAGGAGAUGCUGGACAGACAUCGCUCUCAGAAUGAGGCGUGGCUCCGAGCGAAAGCCGAGGAGAACGACCGAGAGAGGAGGGAGCUCUGCAGACUUAGAGAGGAGGUGCUGCAGGAGCAGGAGAGGCUGAAGGAGGAGCAGAACAGCAUCCAGAAACGCAGCGAGCACCUUCUGUCCAUCAUGCAGCAGUUCAAAGGAAUGUGAGACAGACAGACAGACAGACAGAUAGACUGACAGACAAACUGAUAGAUAGAUAGAUGGAUAGAUAGAUCGUCUUGUCCCUUUGGCUUUCAUUUCUUGGACCCUGUUGUUCUGACGAGGAUUACUGACAAAGGUCAGUAAUCCUUUGUCAGUGGAAAAAAACCUUGAUUUAACGCUCCUUCAAUAAUAAUAUGUAAUAUGUAAAAAAAAAAGAGAGAAUGUUAAAAGUUUGUAUCUUGUAUUGUUAAGUGUGCAACAGCUGGUCAUAACACUGUCAUAGAAAACAACAUUUGACUAAUUGAUUCAGAAGUCAGACUGCCAUAAUAAACACUGAAUUACAAAGCUCAGAUGGUGUAAAUGAGUCAUUUAGCAUCACAGCUCUGACAGGAGGAAUUAAAUAACAAAAUGUUGCCUUAACUAUCAGACAGAAUGUAUCAUAACUUAUUUUGUUACAGAAAUGUUACAGUUGUCAUUUCUGAUUGUCUCUAUAUCUAUCUGUCUGUCUGUCUGUACUGUAUCCAUCUACCUGUCUCUCUCUCUCUGUCUGUCUCCUCCACUGUCGCAUUCAACAGCAGGGCGGAUCACUAUUAAGCAGGGAAAAACAGUAUAAUGCGCCAGUCGGUGUUCUUGUAUUUCCUCUCGGUUGCACUAUCUGGCAGAGCGAGGCAGGGGCGGGGAGAGAGAGUGAAGAGCAUCACUUCGCAGCAAUAUGACCGGAAGUGAGGUGAUAAAAAAAAUAAGAGCUGAUUAAUUGAUCUCAUAUUAUAACCUAAUCCAAGUCUUUCUUACCUCUUCCACAUUCAUUGUCAGUUUUUCUCAGCAUUCGCUUUUAAUGUGUUUAUAGCCCUUAUUUGCUCAAUGUUUAUUUAUCUUAACUGUCGAUUCAGCUUUUAUAUUAUUUCCAGUCAAAGAAGUUGGCAAUGGAUUGAUGUGAAAUACAAUUCACAAAAAGCAUUUGUUUACAUUGACAAAUCAUUUUCAAACAUUAAAUAAAUUAGAUGAAUUUUUAAUUAAUUU